AGAGCGUGGCCGGCGCUGUCCUGGUCGGGGAGGCACUGUGCCGAGGGGGAGGACCCGGAACCGCGGCAGGGGGCAGCGGCAGCCUUUUAACCUCUGAGCGGUCUGCUGGCCUACUGCCGGCGAAGGCGCUCGCGGGGGUCGCGGGUGUGAGGGGGCCGGCGAGGUCCUAGGCGGAGGCGCGCGAGCCGUGAGGCGGCUUCCGCGGGGGCGGCCGUGGCGCCUCGGAGAUGCUGUGACGCGCCCGCGCGGGAGGAGCUCGCGGCCCUCUGGACUCGGCGGCCGCGGCGGCGCGGUCACCCGCCCUUCUCAGUGUAAUUAUGCAAGACUUAACAGCUCAAGUGACUAGUGGUCUCCUGCAGUUCCCAGAAGUGACUAUUCAAGCUCUUGGAGAAGACGAGGUAACACUAGAAUCUGUGCUUCAUGGAAAGUUUGCUGCAGGGAAAAAUGGGCUGGCUUGCUUAGCUUGUGGUCCACAACUUGAGGUAGUAAACUCUGUAACAGGAGAGAGGUUGUCUGCAUAUAGAUUCAGUGGUGUAAAUGAACAGCCUCCUGUAAUUCUAGCAGUGAAAGAAUUCUCUUGGCAGAAGAGAACUGGAUUGUUAAUAGGAUUGGAAGAAGCGGCAGGGAGUGUUCUCUGUCUUUAUGACAUUGGCGUAUCGAGAGUGAUUAAAGCAGUCGUUCUUCCUGGAAGGGUAACAGCUAUUGAACCUAUAAUUAAUCAUGGAGGAGCCAGUGUGAGCACUCAGCAUUUACACCCAAGUCUGCGAUGGCUUUUUGGUGUGGCAGCUGUGGUUACUGAUGUUGGACAGAUCCUUCUUAUUGAUCUGUGUUUGGAUGACUUGUCAUGCAGUCAAAAUGAAAUAGAGGCAUCAGACCUUGAAGUUAUAACUGGUAUCCCGGCUGAAGUACCACACAUCAGAGAAAGUGUGAUGAGAGAAGGACGCCAUCUGUCUUUCCAGUUAGUAAGUCCAUCAGGAACAGCUGUUACAACUCUUAGUUACAUAAACAGGACAAACCAGCUUGCUGUAGGUUUUUCUGAUGGCUAUCUGGCACUUUGGAAUAUGAAAAGAAUGAAAAGGGAAUAUUACGCACAAUUGGAAGGUGGAAAAGUUCCUGUAUAUGCUAUUACUUUUCAAGAACCUGAGAAUGAUCCUCGUAAUUGCUGUUACUUGUGGGCUGCUCAGUCUACACAAGAUAGUGAAGGGGAUGUAUUGAGUUUGCAUCUGCUUCAGCUGGCCUUUGGUGAUAGAAAGUGUUUGGCAUCAGGACAAAUCUUAUAUGAGGGGUUAGAGUACUGUGAAGAAAGAUAUACACUUGACCUGACAGAUGGCAUGUUUCCUUUGAGGGGACAGACUAGUAAUACCAAAUUGUUGGGAUGCCAGAGUAUAGAGAAAUUUCGGUCUCAUGGCGACAGAGAGGAAGGCAUUAAUGAAGCUCUCUCUCCUGACACUAGUGUUUCAGUAUUUACCUGGCAGGUGAAUAUAUAUGGCCAGGGAAAGCCCUCUGUAUACUUGGGGCUUUUUGACAUAAAUCGUUGGUAUCAUGCACAAAUGCCAGAUUCGUUAAGAUCAGGAGAAUAUCUACAUAAUUGCUCUUAUUUUGCACUGUGGUCAUUGGAUUCUGUUGUAAUUAGGACUUCUCCACAUUACAUCUUGGAUGUAUUAGUACACGAGAGAAGUUUAGGUCGAGGAGUUCCUCUUUCUUAUCCACCUCCUGAGCAGUUUUUUAACCCGAGUACUUACAAUUUUGAUGCCACUUGUUUGUUAAACUCAGGAGUUGUUCAUAUAACUUGUACUGGCUUUCAGAAAGAGACUUUGACUUUUUUAAAGAAAUCAGGACCAUCUCUCAGUGAAGUCAUUCCUGAUGGUUAUAAUCGAUGCCUUGUAGCUGGGCUUCUUUCACCACGACUUAUUGAUAUUCAGCCUUCUAGUUUAAGUCAAGAAGAACAGUUGGAAGCUAUAUUGUCAGCAGCAAUUCACACAAGUUGCCUUGGACUUUUGACUGGUUUUAUCAAAAGGUGGAUAACAGAAAAACAACCAAAUUCUGCUGCUAAUUUGCACUUUGUUCUCGAAUGGACAUGGAAUAAAGUAGUUUUCGCCAAAGAGGAAUUUGAUAGACUAUGUGCACCAUUAUUUGACGGUUCAUGUCGUUUCAUUGAUCCACAAACUUUACAGUCUAUCCAGCAGUGCCAUUUGCUUCUUAGCAACCUAAAUACAGUCUUAAGCUAUUUUGCCACAGAGGCCCAAGAGAUCACUGAAAAAGGACUGAUGGAAUUAAACAAUAAGUAUAUGGUUACCCAGCUCAUCUGUCAGUAUGCACAAAUGGUUCUUUGGUUCUCUCAUUCUGGGCUUUUACCAGAAGGCUUAGAUGAUGCUGUGCAGUUGUCAAGGUUAUGCUACAACUACCCAGUAAUUCAGAACUACUACACCAGUCGUCGACAGAAGUGUGAGCGUUUAUCAAGAGGCAAGUGGAACCCUGAUUGCUUGAUGAUCGAUGGACUAGUUUCUCAGUUAGGAGAUCGAGUUGAGAAGUUGUGGAAACGGGAUGAAGGAGGCACAGGAAAAUAUCCUCCUAUUAGUCUACAUGCAUUACUGGACAUAUACCUAUUAGACAACAUUACUGAAGCAAGCAAACAUUCUGUUACUAUUUAUUUGCUACUUGAUAUUAUGUAUUCCUUUCCAAACAAAACGGAUACUUGCAUUGAAUCUUUUCCAACCACUUUUGCCAUUUCUUGGGGCUAUGUUAAACUUAUUCAAGGAUUUUGGCUGAUAGAUCAUAAUGACUAUGAGAGUGGUUUGGAUCUUUUGUUUCACCCAUCUACAGCAAAACCUAUGUCGUGGCAACAUUCAAAGAUUAUUCAAGCUUUCUUGUGUCAGGGUGAGCACAGACAAGCCCUCAGAUAUAUUCAAACAAUGAAGCCAACAGUGUCUAGUGGUAGUGAUGCUAUCCUUCACCUCACUGUUUUGCUUUUUAAUAGGUGCAUGGUUGAGGCCUGGAGUUUAUUACGGCAGCAUUCUAAUAGGUUGAACAUAGAGGAGUUACUGAAGCACACGUACAAAGUCUGUCAGGAAGUGGGCUUAAUGGAGGAUUUACUGAAGUUACCAUUUACAGACACUGAGCAGGAAUGUUUAGUGAAAUUUUUGCAGUCCAGUGCCAGUGUUCAGAAUCAUGAAUUCCUUUUAGUUCACCAUUUGCAGCGUGCCAGUUAUGUUCCAGCCUUGAAGCUAAACCAGACUCUGAAGAUUAAUCUCAUGAACGAUCGUGAUCCUCGUUUGCGGGAGAGAUCAGUGGCUCGAAAUUCUAUAUUAGAACAAUAUGGGAAAAUCCUUCCUAGAGUCCAGCAAAAAUUAGCCACUGAACGAGCUAAGCCUUACCGUCUGUUAACACCAUCAGUUCUUCGAGAAGUUUCUAGACCCAAGCCAUUAUCAGCAGUUCCGAAGCAAGUCGUAACAGGAAAUGUGGUAACAAGAUCUGCGCUCAUCAAUAAUGUGUUAUCCAAAAUUGGAGAGGUUUGGGCAAGCAGUGAACCUAAAAAUAAUAUCUCACUUUACAAUAGUAUUAAUAUAGAAGAAUCAUCUUCUAUAGUAUAUUCACUCCCAGAUCCCAAGCUACCUGAGGCAUUCAUUGGAACACCAAUUUCAAAAAUAUCACAACAGAUUUCUAGACUACUGGAUUUGGUUGUUCAUCCUGUUCCCCAGUCUUCUGAAUGUUUGGGGUUUAUUCAUCAACCCCCCACAAGAUCUCCUUUGUACCUAGCAUCCAGUUUGUUGCCAUUAAAUUCACAGUUUAAAGGAUCACGUCAAAACACCUCCAGAGCUUCAGAAUCACAUUUACUUGAAACUCCUCUUGUAGUUAAGAAAGCUAAAAGUUUGGUCAUGUCCGUUACUUCUGGAUUUGCCGAGUUCACUCCUCAGUCUAUCCUAAGGUCUGGUCUUCGAUCAACACCUUUAGCAUCUCCUUCUCUAUCACCUGGAAGGUCUCUCACUCCUCCUUUACGACUUAAAGAAACUAGAAUUUCAUUUGUGGAAGAAGGCAUGAACACAAAAUGGACUACUGGAACUGCAGAUGAUAGCAACACAAAGAUAUUUGUUACUACAUCUUUCCAUGAAUGUGGAGUUCCGGGAGAAACGGAUUGGUUGAAGAGCAAAGAUAAGACCAUACCUUUUCCCCUGAAUAGCCCUGAAAAGGACCAUCAUGAAAUGUCUGUGAGGUCACAGGAUACAUCCUCACAAAGUUUAGAGAAACUGGAUGUGAGCAAAGAAAACAGCAAUGCUUCAACCAGAUCAGACCAGACUACCUUAGAGUAUCAGGAUGCGCUAUCACCGGGAGACUUCGAAGAUAUGGUUCUCUUGGCCUCUAAGCCGGCAGGGUCUUCCACUGAACUAAUUACUAAUUUAACUGUGCAGAUGGAGAAGGACAGUGAUAAAGAUGUGUUUCAGUCAGAAAUAAUUCCUCCAGACUCGGAGAAGCAAAUGGGCACUUUAGAAAAUGCAGAAACAAAGGAUCUCUUAGUUGCAGAGGAGGCAUCUUCGGAAUUGAAUCACUUAAGCCCCAUCCAAGGAGUUGAAGCUUCUCUUCGUGUACCAACAACCCAUGAAGGGAAAACUCUUACCCUGAAGUCCAAGCUACCAGUUUUGGAUGAAGGAUUAAUAUCUGUUGAAACCUGCACCUCUACACUUGGAGCAGAUAAUAAUAAAUCUGUGGCCGAUGUCACUGGUGAUAGUGGAAGCACUGGGCUCACUAUCUCUGAAAGUGCUAUUAUCUCUGAACAUAGGCUUGACCAGGAAAUAGCAUUGGACUUAAAAGAAGAUCAUGAAAUAGAAGCUGAUGCACUAAAAGAAAGUGUUGACUUACCAGAAGAAAAGCCUCCAAUUUCUGACAGUCCUCAAGAAAUUCAUGUGAUUGAACGUGAAAAGCUUGAAGCUCAUGGUUCAGGAGAAGAGGCUAGGAAUCUUUCAUUUAAUGAGUUGUAUCCCUCAGGAACUCUUAAGCUUCAAUAUAACUUUGAUACCAUUGAGCAACAGUUUUGUGACUUGCCGGAUAAUAAAGACUCUGAUGAGUGUGACAUUGCUGAAGUAGAUGGGGAACUUUUUAUGGCUCAGAGCAACUUUACCUUGCUAUUAGAAGGUGAAGAAAGAGAAGUUGAGACAGGUGAUUCUGCAUCGUCUAAUGUGUUACCGAAAGCAGCUAACACAGCAACGGAGGAAAAACUUGUGUACGGUGGGAAAAAUGAUAAUUGUGGACCUGUUGCAAAUUUGCCGUCUGUCAUAACCAGUGAUCAAGAGUCCCAGAAGGUAGAGACUUUGCCAUAUGUGCCUGAACCAAUUCAAGUAGCAAUUGCAGAAAAUUUAUUAGAUGUAAUUAAAGACACAAGAAGUAAAGAAAUUAUUUCAGAUGCAAUGGAACAGUCCAUUCAUGAAAACAUACCUUCAGCAGACCAAAAAGUAAUGUGUUCCAUUAAGUUAGUCAAAUCUGCAUUUAAGACUGUUCAGGAAACAAGUACAGUGACUAUAAAUGGCAGCCAGGUUAAUGACACGGUUUCUUCCAGAAUUCGCACAAGAGGACAACGUGUUCAAAACCUGAAUAACAAAUCACAACAGGAAGAGUCAGCAGUAGAUGUUGCUACUCCUAAAAUUUUAGAGCUAGCCGUUAAAACUAGGAAAACAAGACAAAUUUCUGAAGCUUCUGAAAGUGCCUAUCCUGAUGUCAAAGGAAUAUCUCAGAACCAACAAAUACUUCAAAAUUCUAUUACUCCUAGGAGAGGAAGGAGAAAAAAACAAAUUAAUCAAGACACAUUAGAGAGUUUUAAUUCUAUGGAACAGGAGUUACAGGUUACUACAGGUAGGGAAUUAAAAAGGUUAAAAUCAUCUCAGCUCUUAGAACAAGAAACUUCUUUCAGAAAAGUUAAGCUUUCAUCUGUUACAAAAAGGACUCCUAGAAGAACUAAAAAUUCUUUAGAACAUCAGGAAAGUGUUGAAAUUGUAAAUGAUCUAAAAGUUAGUAAGGUAGCAAGUCCUAGCAAAACUCUUAGAAAAUUGAGAAGUACUAGUUCAGAAGCUUCUGAAAAUACAGGAUAUAAACACGAUGGGAAAUCCAGUGACCAGCAACUGCCUAUUCAACGUAGAAGAAGGGUCAGAGAGAGAAGUGCAUCGGAUGUGAUAGAAGACUCUAAACUUGAUUCAUCCCAGUUGACUCUUCACGUAGAAUUUGAUAAGCCUUCUGUACCUAGGAAACGUGGUAGACCAAGAAAAAUAAAUCCAUCUGAAGAUGUAGAAUCUAUGGCUGUUAGUGAAGAGAGAAGUCCCAACAAGAGAAAAUCUCUCAGCAUCCGAAGGAAAUCUACUAGAAACACCCCAGCUAAAAGUGAAAAUAUUGAUGUUGGGAAGCCAGCUUUAGAAAAAUCUGUUCUAGUGCCAAAUGAGGAACUUGUCAUGGUGAUGAGCUCUAAGAAAAAGCUUACAAAAAGGACUGAAAAUCAAAGCCGGAAACGUUCAUUAUGUUCAAUAUCAGAGGAAUACAUAGAUGAAAUGACACACAAAGAACCAGAUGACCAGGAAGAAAAAUUGGUUGCCUCAGCUUCUUUGACUAAAUCUUCCCGCAGUACAAGGGCUAGAUCUAACAAGGCCAUCUUGUUGCUGGACCUUUCUGAAGCAAAAAAUGAGCCUCUAUUUUCUCCACCUGUGUCAAAGGUUCCAAGAAAAGAAAAAGCUAAAAAAAUAGAGGCUACUACACAGCUGGAAAAAUUAGUUUCAGAUUUAUCUUCUCAAUUUGUCUCUUCACCUGCAUUGAGGACCAGAAGAAAAAACACAUCCAGUAUGUCCAAGCUUGUAGAUGAACCGGAAGAAGAUGCUAAAUCAGUAGACACUGUGGAAAAGCAAAAAGUGAAGAGAGUGAGGACUGCUAAAACAAAACAAGCAAGCAAGCAAGCAUCACUUUCUAUUCUAAACACAGAAAAAGAAAGUCCUUGGUCACCUCCUCCAGUGAAAAUUAAGCUGAUUUCUCCCUUGGCAAGCCCAAUUGAUGGAGUAAAGAGCAAACCAAGAAAAACUGCAGAAGCAGCAGCAAAAGCUGUUGGAAGGAGCAGAAGGAAACUGUCUUCCUUUCCAAAGCAAGUUUUACGCAGAAAAAUGCUGUAAUUUUUUUUUUCUUCAAAUUUUUAAUGUAUAACUAUUUGUAAAGUCAUCAAAUUGUGUGGACUAUUAAAAAUCAUCUAAUUUGGAAGAAAAUAAUUUAUAUAAAUUAUUGUAAAUUUUUGUAAAUAGAAGGUCCUCAGUAAGUAAAAUAACUCCAUAUGGAGUGUGAUUCUUUUAGUCCAGGCGGUUUUUUUUAUUUUAUAUUAAGACAUCAUACAUUUAUAUAAUAUGUAAAUAUGGCUCAUUGGAAUGUUAAAUAAACUGUAUACUUCACAGUA